AUGAGGGGGCCGCGCAGCCCCGUCGACCCCGCCGCCUCCCCCGGCCCCAGCAGCGCCUCCGCGGCCACCGCGGGGUGGGGCGCAGCCCCCCCUCCUCAGGGCGCAGCCACGUCCUGCCCCAGGCAGCCUUUCCCUUCCUCCUCCUCCUCCUUACCGAGUCUCCUUUUAAGGCUUUUCAGUGAUUCAAAAAAACUAAAGUCUUCAUCGUCGCCCCCUUCUCCUCCGCUGCGCCAAGGGGCGGCGGGCGGGACGCGCGCCCCGACACACCGGCAAAAGCGCUCCGAGCCCUGUCAAAUCCUUCCCAUGGCUGCGGCGGCGGCUGCUACUGCUGCUGCGGAGACGGCGCCCUCCUUCUCCUCCUCCUCCGGGUGCGCGUCCUGGGGCGGAGGGGAAGCGCCGGCGUCCCCGCUCCGGCCGCACGCUGCGGGCCGGGAGGCCCCGACGACGGCGGCGGUGGCUUCACUCCCGGCGGCGCGAUGCCCUCCCGGCUUCGCCCCCCCGGGCAAAGGGCAUCCUCGGGCGUUUGCUCAGAAGACCAACAAUUUCUAUGUGUGGUGCAUCAGGAGGAAGGAAGGUCCGGCCUCAUUCAUCAACUGGAAUCCAGCAUUUGCUGCCAUCAAUUUCUUGGCUUCUUCCUGAAGAACAGAAUUUCGUUUUGGAGGCGGUGAAAAUUGGAGUUCCAAUUUUCCAGUUGAAAUUUGUAACAAAAGAAUACUUUUGAAGAUGCUAUAAAAGGUUGCACUUUUGCAAUGAAGAGUGAUAGCCAUAGUUGUGUCUUCUCAAAAAAAGACAUUGGCAGUUAUUGGCUGUUUUUUUGGCUUUUUCAACAAAUGAAGAUUUUGUUCCUUGACCAAAUAAUAAGGAGAGUGGCUAGUGGAUGUGUAAUUAGCUUCCAGCUAUGGCUAGCUCAGCUCUACACAGCAGCAAUCCUGCAGUCACUAAUCUCACUGCUGUCUACUGCAGGAGGAGGAGGAAAUGAGCUGGGCCAUGGUCUCUAAACCUCAUCCUCCCUCUGGUCAGGGACUCUGGCAGACCCAGGGUGCAGAGCCGCAGGAUGUUGAAUUUAUUGCUCCCGUUUGCUUCAAGGCCUUUCCUAAGACUUAAUUCCCUCACCCUGCAGUAAAAGUGAUAAUAAUGAAAAGGUCUAUGAUUCACGGUAAAGCACUGUAUCUUGUUUAAGUUAAACAAGUACCUAAGUGCUCUGCUGAACUAAGGCCAAGGGUGGAUUACUGAGAGAGCUGGGCAGCCUUCCCAUCUCCAGCCAGUUCACCAAGUAGUCUCAGGAUAAUCAUGGAGUUGUUCUGGGGCUUAGUUUCCUGUGCAUGUUUAUCACAGGGUAUCUAUUCUGACUGUUAGAGAUAAGGAGAUAAUGUGGGAACAUGAAAAAACUCUUCAGAACAUCAUGAAAGCUGUAGAAAAAACAGGCUUCUGCAUUGGAUAUACAUUGCAUGUUACGUUCUCCUUGUGACUUUUUUUUUAGUUUCUGGAUUCUCAUCAGUACUUCUGAAAAAAACAUCAGGCAGCUUAUUAACAGAGAGCCUAUUUGCGCUUGAAUGGCAAGAGUGUAGUCUGAACCCCACCAAAACCAAUGGAAGGAGAUCCAGUGCUACAUGCAACCAGCAUUCCAGAGCACCUCAAGCUGUGUUUCCUUCAAGCAGCCUCAUCGUCCUGCCAGCACUGGCCUGCUGCAGGGUGAAUCCAGCAGAUUUUGUCCAGGCUGUUGCCUUCGUGCUGUACAGCAGCCUGAAAAAUUAACUCAGUCCCCUUUGCAAUGGCUUAUUAAAAGGAAACUAGAACAAAGUCUUUGGAAGUCUGUACCUAACCUGCACUGAGAGAGUUUCCUCUGAUCAGAUAUGGAGCUUUUAAGGCUGUUUUGCAUUUCUCUGAUUCCUACCUGGCAGAAAGUGGCUAGAGAAAGGGCAAGGGUGUCACUGUGGAGAGCUUUUUAUUGAUAUGAGAGAGGCCUGGUUACCACAUAAUAGUUUGCAAGAACAGACUAUUCUUUUAACACUUUUUCUACUUGGAAAUUCAUAUUACAUUUUGCGAAGUUAGAGCAAAAUAGCUUAGUGUAUUGAAUUGCAAGAGAGUUAUCCUGAGUACAUACAUUUACUGUAUCUUUUGAUACAGAGGAAAUUAGCAUAAAAAAAUCUUUACUAAGAAUAGAUUGUGGCAGAAUAUUAGUUUUGUAGCAUAACAAACACGGGAAAAUAUAAACAUGCUAAUCCAUCCUGUACAAGAUAAGAGCUGAGGUAAGGUACUGUCCUCAUUAACAGCUGCUAGCUGAUGUUGUAAACACAAUUGUGGGGAUUUUAAUAUCACAUUACAGCACUGUGUGUGAAACCAGAAAAAACAAGUGCUACUUUCUGUGGAUUUCUUUGACCUGCAGUUCUGAAAGAGAUUGAGCUCUUUUUUCUUUACAGUAAGCGGCCAUAUUUUGUUUAUCCAUAGAUAAAGCAGCACUGUAGCAUAGUUCUGUUUCUUGACCCCCUCAAAACCUUUCUGCAGGCAUUUCCUGAUUCCCGAGUUCUGCAGAUUUAGAACCAAAAAAGCCAGAAGAGCAGUGAGUAUCAACAAUAUUUCCUUUUUCUGUUACACGUUCAUGGGUCAGUCCCUCGGGAAUUAGCACAGACCGAAGUAAGUAUUUUUGCUCAGAGUCCCCUUUCUGCAAGGACAGAAUUCCCGAAUUCUAAUCUCACCCCCAAUUUUAACUCACUUUCUGUCCCUGUAAGACAUGAGGUAGCUGGGGCCAACAUGCAGACAAAGGAUUAUCACCCAAAGCGAAUGGGCUGUUUUCAACUCCCCCUGCAUAACUGUGGAUUUGAAGGCUUAAUUCCUUACCUCUUUUGUGGCAAGUGAAGGGAAAAAUCCAGUGGACCAAUAAAAGAAAUGGAAAUAGAGUCAAUGGGAAGUGGUUGUGGAAAUGAUGUUUGUGGGUAGGGGGCUGUAACUGAGAUGUAUCCCAUGUGAGUAGCUUUCAAGGCCACCAUCCCAUCCUUGCAGGGAAUGCACAAGAGAGCAAGUGAUAUGAGCCCAUUCUGGUGAUUUCCAACCAUGGAAAAGAUCUCCUGAGCUGUUUGCCAGCUGAUAUGGCAGACCAUCUUUACCUGACCCAAGGCUGCAGGUGAGGAACUGGAUAGUUAAAAAACGUCCCUCGUCAUCUCCUUUGGGGUGUGAUGUGUGGGAAAAUCUUGAUCCUGACAGACAGCAAGCCCAAGGUUUGCCAGUCCUUAGCUGGAAACAAAAUGUUUAGAGAAGACUUAAUUCAGAGGCAAAUACUAUGACAGAAAAAGCAAAUCCUAAACAUAAGCAUGAUCUUAAAGACAUAACUCAGUUGCAGAAAAAAACCAGAACACUACAAAUGCAGGCAGUGUUCACUAGAUGCAUUGUUCAGCUAGGAUGGAGGUUGGUCCUGAAGUUAAUGAAAAAGGAUGUGAUUCAUCCCUUACUGAAACUCAUCAAAAUUUCUCAUCAAAUGAUUAAAAACAUUAAUUUGUGCAUUAAAUAAAAGUGGACAAUCCAUCAACAA